AUGUCGUUUCACUCAAAACCACUCAACAAAACCCUCUUUUAUUCCCUCUUUACCCUCCGUCGAUUCACCGCCACCGCCAAGCAAUUUCCCGCUGACCCAACCUCCACCUCUUACGACGAACUCACCAAUGCUGCUGGAAGCUCCGGCGACUUCCAUGCUCUCCGCGACGCCCUCAACAAGCGCAUCCAAGACAACUGCUUCAACACAAAGUCCACCUUCGACUUCGUCACCGACAAAACCUUCUCCUCUUCCCUCAUCAACCACCUCCUUCAAACCCUAUCCACCCUCAACCGCGGCGUCACGCGCAAGAACGCGUUCGAUUCCCUCAUCACGCGCCUCUGCAAGCUCCAGCGCGUCGAUGACGCGCUCCACGUCAUCAAAUAUAUGGCACGUACCGACGCCGGGGGCUGCCGCCCCAGUGCGACCACCUUCUACCCCGUCCUGAACAUCCUAACGCGCCAGAAAGCCAUAGACCACGCGCGGCUCGUGGUGGAUUUCAUGUCCACGCUUGGCGUGAAUCUGGAUCUGACGGGACACAACUACUUCCUCGUUGCACACUGCUACGCUGGAGACGUGGCUGCCGCCGCCGGAGUUUUGAAGAAGAUGGAGGAAGAUGGGAUUGGUGCGGAUGCGCGUACGUUCGACGCGCUUGUGUUGGGCGCGUGUAAGGUUAAGAAGGUGGAUGGUGCUAUGAUGCUAGUGAGAAGGAUGGUGGAUGAUGGAGUUCCUAUUUUGUAUUCAACACACAUGUUUGUGAUUAGGGGUUUGUUGCAGAUGAAAUGCUAUGAACAAGCUUUGAGGUAUGUGAAGGGUUUUGGUGGAAAAGAUCAAGCUUUGGAUGCUGAACUUUUUGGGUAUUUGGCUAGCCAGCUUGUAGGGUUGAAGAGGAUUAAGGAGGCAGUGAUUGUUUUGGAGGAAAUGGACCAAAGGGGUUUGCCCAUGGGUCACAAAUUGAGAAUCUUUUAUGAGAAGAAUGCUGGAAAUGAAGAUAAAGGGGAGAAGAAGAAGGAGAAGAAGAGGAGUGGUUGA